AUGGACCCCCCCGCCGCCUUCGAAAGGCGCUACCCCGAGCUGGGCGCGCUGCGGCUGCACUUCGACGUGCUGGACUCCACCCAGCUGUACUGCAAGCGGAACAUGGCGCGUCUGCUGCAAAACGGGAGUUUACAAGACGACAAACACAUGGUGGUGGUGACUUGCAACGAACAGACAAAUGGAAUCGGCACGAGAGACACGAAGAAGAAGCAAGACAGAAUGUGGCUAUCUGAAAGGGGAAACCUUUUUACCACCUUUGUCCUCCUCUGGAAAAGGGAAGACUUAGAGAAGGUGAAGUACCUAUCGCAAACAUCCACCGUGGCAGUGAGCAAAACGUUGGAGCACUUCCACUUGGUAACUCAAAUCAAAUGGGUUAAUGAUGUGCUCGUGAAUGAAAAGAAAAUAGCCGGCUGCCUUGUUCAUCUGCACUACCUGGAUGACUUCCCCUCGUUGAGCCGCUACGCCUGUGUGAUGGUUGGCAUAGGCAUCAACAUAACCCUAAGGGAUAAGGAUAACCUCCUAGGGGACAAUUACACAUCUGUGCAGAAGGAACUACAGCGAGACUUUGGCAGCUUCUGCUCAAUCCCAUCUGUGGAGGACGUCAUGGAUAAGCUGAUCCUCAAUUUGCAUGCAGUGUUUACGAAGCUGAGGGAGGAGGGAUUUUCUUCCUUCCUAGAUUACAUAACGCCGAGGCUGCUAUACAAGGACAGGAACGUCCUGGUGGAUACCGAUGGCGAGUUGAUUGCUGGCCACCUGCAGGGGCUGCUGCACGACGGCUCGCUGCUGCUCCUGCGGGGGGAGAACGAGCUCGUCCGCGUCAACACGGGGCACCUGCGCCUCGGCUGA